AUGAAUAAACACUAUUUCAUAGUUAACACUUCACAUAUAUUAACUUUAUCGAUAGCCUCAAACACCAUUAAACCCACCAAAUCCCUGCUGUUAAGCUUCAGCAAUUGUAUAAAUAUCCUAAAAUAUUACGGAACUCUCCUUGAAUCCCACUCUCUUCUCACCACUCUCUGAACUCAAUCCGUAAAUCUCUGGUUUACGUACAAACAAGCCUUUAUCAACGGUAUCUCCUCAGAACAAGGAAGAAGAACUCUCAAAGCAUCAAUUCCAUUCAAUAAUGAGGUUGCUUGCUACUUUAACAGCAUUGAAGACUCCUUAGAGUUGCAUGUUUAUGAUUAUGUAAUUGAGCUUCGCACAGAAAGUUGCAUUAAAGAGUUUUGAGAGUUUUUGGAGGGGUUUAAGAGCAAGGAGUCGUUGGUGUUCAGAGAAAUCGUUAUCCAUUAUAAGAAAGGAAUGGAACCAGAAGUCAUAAACUCACCUUACGAUACACUAAGUCAACACUCAUUGGACACUUCUUGCAUCCAAAUUAACGGCCUGCGUAAAUUCUCCCCCUCCAGCUCAUACGACUUCAUAAAACACACUAACAAAUUCAAACUCUCUACCAUAACCUCCAACAUCCGUUCCAAUCUCACCACCUACACCGACCACGACUGUAUAAAAUCAAUCUCCAAAUUCUGCUUCGACGACCCAAGUUUCAAACACCUUUCCGAUAUCAGGAAUUGUGACCAGAUCGUCCCACUGUCAGCUAGGCAGGCGUGACAGGAAGUCAAUAUUGGGUGCAGACUUGAUGAAGAAUUUAAGAGUGAUGCUGUUGAGAGGGUGAAGGAGCAAAUAGCUAUGGUUUUUCCAAAUUUUAGCAAACUUACUUUUAGCCCAAAAGUGUGAUUUGAAAAGAAUGACCAUAAUAGACAGUUGAUCGACUUUAUCCCGGAUGGGACGUGUCUUGAGUCGUUUAAUUGAGAAGAUUCUUUACUAGAUAUGAGGGAUUGUAAUGUGUUCUAUUACAACUCUCAUAGUCAAGAGUUUCAAUCAUUUAGUGCUACAAAAGUAGUAGUUGGUUUUUCGAUUGAUUGGGAUUACCCAAGAAUUAAGCAAGAUAAAGGAUUUUAUAUCACUACUUAUAGCUCUAUCUGAUUGAUUGAAAACAUUUAUGCAAAAGAUACACAAGAUCUUGAUAAAUUAAAAAAUUUUAUCGACAAAAGAGAAGAGUUAAAAUCUGAAGAAAAUAAUCAAACUCCCUCUUUAACCUCUUCAAAUUUAAUUUAUAUUGAGCCUAAAGAAUUUGAAUUAAUUGCCGACUCAGAAGUAUUUGAUUCUUUCAGACCUUCAAAAUACCGAUAUCAGACAUAAAGAAAAUCAUUUCAAUCCUUAAGAAGCUGAAAUGGCAUCAUUUUACUCUUUCAGCAGCAAAUUUAGAAACCUCUUCUUUCUUAAUCCGACUGCUUGACUUCAAAGUAACCAGUCUGACUCUAUACAUUGAAAACAAUACCACAAAAUCCCAAAAAUCCCCUUCAAAGCAAACCCUCGCUCUAAAAUCCAAAAUCCUUGACUCAAAAUCCCUCCAAAACCUACUAAUCCUCUCCUACCCAUAUGCUUCCCAACUGUCCCCAUCAGACCCCAACUUCCCCAAAACCCUCUCAGAUCUCCUCUGCCCACCCCCAAAUCCCCCCUUCAAAACCCACCUCUAUUUCCGUGAAAUCUUCAAUUUC